AUGGGAGAAAAUAUAGUAUUAUAUUAUUUUGAUGCAAGAGGAAAAGCUGAAUUGAUUAGAUUAAUUUUUGCCUAUUUAGGAAUUAAAUAUACAGAUAAAAGAUUUGGAGAAAAUGGAGAUGCAUUUGUUGAAUUUAAAGAUUUUAAAAAAGAAAAAGAAAUUCCUUUUAAUCAAGUCCCUAUAUUAGAAAUAAAUAAUUUAAUUUUAGCACAAAGUCAAGCAAUAGUACGCUAUUUAUCAAAAAAAUACAAAAUAAGUGGUAAUAAUGAAUUAGAUGAAUUCUACGCAGAUAUGAUAUUUUGUGGUGUUCAAGAUAUUCAUUAUAAAUUUAAUAAUACUAACUUAUUUAAACAAAAUGAAACAACAUUUCUUAAUGAAGAGUUACCCAAAUGGUCUGGUUAUUUUGAAAAUCUUUUAAAAAAAAAUAAUAGUACUUAUUUUGUAGGUGAUAAUUUAACAUAUGCUGAUUUAGCCGUAUUUAAUUUAUAUGAUGAUAUCGAAUCAAAAUAUCCAAACAGUUUGAAAAAUUUUCCUUUAUUAAAAACACAUAAUGAGUUUAUAAGUAACAUACCUAAUAUUAAAAAUUAUAUUAAUAAUAGAAAAGAAAGUGUAUACUAA